AUUGUCCAUUAAGAAAUAAAAUGUUGUGAGCAGUUAUGAAAUUUUGCAAUCCAUGGUACAUACAGAGUGGGCUCGAAGGCAAGGAUGAGGACGGUGAUUUCUACCGCGCAAACCCAACCACAAAUGUUCCUCCGCAAUUCAGCUCCGCUCCAGGUCCGCCACAUCCCAGCCAGAAUCUCUCUCGUUCUCAAACCCCCCUCUACUUCUUCAUUGGUGGCCAAAAGCCAGCAGCAACACCAGAAAACCCAAGAUGACGGCAUUCCCGCGGAGGAGGUGAAAAUCCUGGUCAAGUUCAAGUCCCGCCAUAACUACAUCCGCGUUCUAGAAGUUUCUAGAAAGGCAGAGCACCCCCUCUCUGGCUCCAGGCUUCUUCUCCUCGACGGCCCCGGAAACAUCCACAGCAUAUCCUUCCUAUUCACGUCCCUCACCAAAACCUAUUUCGACGUCUUCGCUACGCUCCCUCCAAUCCUGCCCUCCGGCCCCAUCGCCCUCCUCGGCUUCGGUGCCGGCACCGCCGCCCGCCUCCUCCUCGACCACUAUCCCAACGCCGUCCUCCACGGCUGGGAGCUCGAUCCCGCCGUCAUCCAGGUGGCGCGCGAGUACUUCAAUCUCGGGAAGCUCGAGAGGGAGAACCAGCAGCGCCUUUUCAUCUACAUCGGGAACGCGCUCAACGCCACCGUGCCUAACGGCUUCUCCGGGAUCAUCGUGGAUUUGUUCUCCAAGGGAUGCUUGAUCCCCGAGCUCCAGGAGCCUGCCACGUGGGAGAAGCUGAGGGGCCGGUUGAGGAAGGGAGGAAGGAUUAUGGUGAAUGUUGGAGGGAGCUGUGUGGAGCCGGAGAGUAGGCUACGAGAUGGGAAGGUUGUUAUGGAAGAAACUCUGAUGGCGAUGAAGGAGGUUUUCGGGAAGGAGCUUUUUGUUCUCAAUCUUGGGAAUCGCAAAGAUGAUAGUUCCCUUGCUCUUACCGGCGAAAUGCCUCCAUCCGAAGAGUGGAAGAAAAAACUUCCCGAUCCCUUGAAAUGUUACACUCAAAUGUGGAUGCCUUACCUUGUUUAGUACACCUUUGCUCACCAUCUGUUUGUGUUUAUUCCUCUUCCAAGUCUUUAAUUUUGUUCCCUUCUCAAGUAAAUAACAUUUUUUUCUGCACAAUGCGAUCAUUCUUGAAA